CGGGCAAGCGAAGCCCUAGUCCCGCCCGGCCGCGGCCAUUAUUGUUUGGGGUUGGAAAACCACGCCCCUCCUGGCAGUCACCGCCUUAAGUGCGGGCAAGGGGAGCCCCCGCCCAGCCAACCGGUGACGCCAAAGCGGCGGGGCUUCCCUCGUGACGUUACAUGCUGCUAUUGGUCCGCUGCGCCUCGCCCCGCCCCACCCUCUCCUUCUUCAUCCCUCCCCUAGCGCCGGGGCGACCCCGAACUCGGGGCAGCGCGGACGGACGGAGCGAGAGACCCGGGCCCGGCCAUGCCGCCCCCGUGAGUAUGUUCCGCCUCGAGGAGUUCCCGGAGGAGCCUCCCAUAGCUGAGCCGCCACACUGGGGGGUCCCCAUCCCUAGAGGUUGUCGGGGGUCCCCCACCCCCGCACUAACACCCGCCCGUCCGGCAGACCCCCGCACCCGCCUGCCCUCGGCACCCUCCGCAGCGGAGCCCACCGAGCCGGGGACCCCCCAGUUUCGGGGGCGCUCGCGGUCGGCCCCCCCGGUUCUCUGGGCCGCGGCCCGGUUCGGCCGGGAGCUGCGCCGGAUGAGCGAUGAGUUCGACGUCGUCCUGCAGGUUUGGGGGGGAGCGGGGUACCCCUAGUAUGCAGG